GCUGCGAGCGGCUGCGACCGAAGAGAGCCCUAGAGCAGGAGAGCUAGAGAGCGAGCGGCGGGCGCUUGCCCGGCGGCCUCCCCUCCGCCCAGCCUGCGCGCCCCGCUUGCUUCUCCGCCCCUCCCGACUCGGCCCGGCCCCGGCGCGGCCACAGCCCCGAGCUCUGGGGCGGCGCAGGCAGCCUCGGACUCUCCGGCGCGCCGCCGCGUCCCCAGACAAAGGGCUUGGCCGGCGGCCCCGGCCCGCUGCGCCCUCGGCUCCCCGCCUCCCGGGCUCGCGGCUCUCGCCCCCGCUCUCGGCUCGGCGCGCCCCGGCCGGCCGCAAAGUUUCCCGGGCGGCAGCGGCGGCUGCGCCUCGCGUCAGCGAUGGCCGCGGAGCUGAGCAUGGGGCCCGAGCUGCCCACCAGCCCGCUGGCCAUGGAGUACGUCAACGACUUCGACCUGCUCAAGUUCGACGUAAAGAAGGAGCCGCUGGGGCGCGCGGAGCGCCCGGGCCGGCCCUGCACGCGCCUGCAGCCAGCCGGCUCGGUGUCAUCCACACCACUCAGCACGCCGUGUAGCUCGGUGCCCUCGUCGCCCAGCUUCAGCCCGACCGAACAGAAGACUCACCUCGAGGACCUGUACUGGAUGGCGAGCAACUACCAGCAGAUGAACCCCGAGGCGCUCAACCUGACGCCUGAGGAUGCGGUGGAGGCGCUCAUCGGCUCGCACCCGGUGCCACAGCCGUUGCAGAGCUUCGACGGCUUCCGCGGCGCGCACCACCAUCACCACCACCACCACCCACACCCGCACCACGCAUACCCGGGCGCCGGCGUGCCCCACGACGAGCUGGGCCCGCACGCGCACCCGCACCACCACCACCAUCACCAAGCGUCGCCGCCGCCGUCCAGCGCAGCCAGCCCAGCGCAGCAGCUGCCCACCAGCCACCCCGGGCCCGGGCCGCACGCGGCCGCCGCGGCGACGGCGGCUGGUGGUAGCGGCAGCGUGGAGGACCGCUUCUCCGACGACCAGCUUGUGUCCAUGUCCGUGCGCGAGCUGAACCGCCACCUGCGGGGCUUCACCAAGGACGAGGUGAUCCGCCUGAAGCAGAAGCGGCGGACCCUGAAGAACCGGGGCUACGCCCAGUCGUGCAGGUAUAAACGCGUCCAGCAGAAACACCACCUGGAGAACGAGAAGACGCAGCUCAUUCAGCAGGUGGAGCAGCUUAAGCAGGAGGUGUCCCGGCUGGCCCGCGAAAGAGACGCCUACAAGGUCAAGUGCGAGAAACUCGCCAACUCCGGCUUCAGGGAGGCGGGCUCCACCAGCGACAGCCCCUCCUCUCCCGAGUUCUUUCUGUGAGUCGUGGCCGGUCCCGGCCCCCGCCCUAUGCCCCGGGCCCGGACUCCCCGUCCCGUGUCCCCCGCCCCGGACUCCCCCCCGGACCCUGUCCCUGCCACGGCCCCAGCCUUGACCUGUUUGACUUGAGGGAGAGGGAGGAAGGGCGCGCGGGACGCGGGCGACGGGAGGGCGCGCGGGCAGGCAGGGGACCUUGGCCAAGAGGAGAGCGGCGCGCGCCAGCGCCGCCUCCUAGACUCGAGCAGAGCCAGAGCCAGACGAGGGGGUGGGAAGUCCCGGAGCAACUUUCCUCCAGGCUGGAGGGCGGCGAGGAUAGUCCCGAGGAGUCGCCAAGGCCGUCUGGAGACUCCUGGCUUUCUGAACUUUGCGCGUUAAGCCGGGGCCGCUGCGUCGCGGCCCGGAGCGCAGUCCAACCCAGGAAGAGAGCAGCGAGGAGAGGAGAGGAGAGGAGAGGGACCCUGGCGUCCGGCAGGCGCGAGGCGAGGCUGAGCGAAGGAAGGAAGGAAGGACAGACGGACCUGUCUGUCCAGGGUCCGGAGAACACUGGCUCUCAGCCCCGAGACGCGGGCCUCAGUUAGGACGUUCUGCGCGCAAUUCUCAUCAGUUUUAUUGCCUGCUCCAUUAUAUAGAAAAAAUACGAAAAUCUGCAUUAAAAAUAUUAAUCCUGCAUGCUGGACAUGUAUGGUAAUAAUUUCUAUUUUGUACCAUUUUCUUGUUUAACUUUUAGCAUGUUGUUGAUCAUGGAUCAUAACCCCCUUGUUUCUUUGAGUGAGAAGGGAUGGCAGUUCAGAAACUCCGGCGGCUGCUUGCCGGGGUUCAGUCCCGGCUGUCGGCUUGUAAAUACCGCCCCGCCAAACAGCUUAGAGAACGUGGCAGCAAGCUGAGUGUCUUCGUUUGGGUUUAUUAUUAUGGCAUUAUUUUUUUUGUAAGUAAAAAAAAAAAAAAUAGUUCUGGGCAUUUUGCAUCAGAAAACAACUUUGUCUUGGGGCACCAUUGGAAGUUGCAUGUUUUCUCCCCUCUCCCCGUCUCCAUUCGGUCCUCUUGUCCCUUCCGCUUCAGUUUUCAGUUUUGUGGGUGUCGACAGAAAGAGGACCCGGGUCCCAGUUCCUGAAUAUCAGGAGAGGGUAGCUGCCCAGUUCUGCACCCGGGAGGAGCACGGCCCAGGAAUGUCUUCACUCCUACCUUGCUAAUUUGGGUGUCCCAAACUGACACCCUUAACAAGAACGGAAAGGAAAACAGAUCUUAUGUGCUUUUUAAUGCAGUCGGAAUCACCCCAGGGUCCCUUCACAGCCCUCCAGGUCCAUCCACACUAAUUGCUGUGGCUGCGGUGCUCUUAGGGUGAGUGGCUUCACCAGCCCGGACACUGCCCAAUGGUGACCCAAACGUGUGCUGAACCUACCACCACACUCAGAAAGUACCAGAAACCCAACCAUUGGCAAGUAAUUUUGCAACUUUCAAGCGCGUCCUUUAGACCAACAUGUUCUGUGUGUUUCUUUCCCUGCUUUUGAGCUAGCAGGUGGGUUCCCCCCCCCCCCCACCCCCUUCAGUUGUAUAGUAGUUAUAGGGAAAAUCUGGGUGUUUUUCUUUAUUACCUUUUUUUUUUCCUGCAGGUCAGUAAAAGGAUUUAAGUUGCACUGACAAAAAUACCAAAACGAAAGCGUAUUUUUUAGUUCCCAUUUGAGAUUGCUGGCGCUGCUGGCCGGAUGCAUUUUUGAGUUUGUAUUAGUUGAUAAAUUAACAGUAAUAACAAGAUUGUAUGAACCGCAUGGUGCUUGCAGUUUUAAAUAUUGUGGAUAUUCGUCCUGCAUCAGAAACGAGCUUCGGUUUUUACGGAUUCAACUGUGUUGAAAUCAAAUUUGCUGCAACAGAAAUUUGUUUUUAUUUCAUGUAAAAUAAGGGAUCAAUUUCAAACCCUGCUUAUGAUAUGAAAAUAUUAAAACCUAGUCUAUUGUAGUUUUAUUCAGACUGGUUUCUGUUUUUUGGUUAUUAAAAUGGUUUCCUAUUUUGCUUAUUAAA